AUGGAAAGACUAGGGCGAUCAAGCCUGUGGCUGCGCCAGGAGCUGUCGUCCCCGCGCCCGCAGAUUCUGCUGCUGGACUGCCGCAGCCAGGAGCUGUAUGAAUCGGCGCGCGUCCGCGGGGCGCUGAACGUGUCCCUGCCCUCGCUGAUGCUGCGCCGCCUGCGGAGAGGGAGUCUGUCGGUGCGGUCGCUCUUGCCUGGGCCACCGCUGCAGCCUCCUCCCCCUGCUCCUGUGCUCCUGUACGACCAGGGUAGUGGCCUGUGCCUGCGUGGAGAUGCCGGGGCCGAUGUUUGUGCUGGGGCCGAGGCCCGAGUUGAGGCCGAGGUCGGGGCGGGAGCUGAGGUCGGGGCCAGAGCUGAGGUCGGGGCCGGAGCUGAGGUCGGGGCCGAAGCCGGGACCGAAGCCGGGACCGAAGAAUGGGAUGCUGACUCGGUGCUGGGCAUCAUGCUCCAGAAGCUACGGGAAGAAGGCUACCUGGCCUACUAUCUACAGGGUGGCUUCAGCAAAUUCCAGGCCGAGUGUCCUCACCUGUGUGAAACCGGCUUCAGUGGUCUAGCUGGUCCAAGUGUGGCCAGAGGGCCUAACCCAGUGCCUGUGGUGGGGCUGGGCGGCCUGUGCUUGAGCUCUGAUUUCUCUGAUGCCGAAUCUGAGGCUGACCGCGAAUCUGUGAGCUGUGGCACCACAUCCCCUCCAUCUGGGCAGCUACCACCUGUCCCAGUCCAGAUCCUACCCAAUCUCUACCUAGGCAGUGCCCAAGAUUCAGCUAACUUGGACUGCCUGGGCAAGCUUAACAUCUGCUAUAUCCUCAAUGUCACCCCUAAUCUCCCUAACCUCUUUGAGAAGAAUGGUGACUUCCACUACAAGCAGAUCCCCAUCUCUGAUCACUGGAGCCAGAAUCUGUCCCAGUUCUUUCCGGAGGCCAUUGAAUUUAUUGAUGAGGCCUUGUCUCAGAACUGUGGAGUGCUCGUCCACUGCCUGGCGGGGGUCAGCCGCUCUGUCACCGUCACCGUGGCCUACCUCAUGCAGAAGCUUCACAUCUCACUUAAUGAUGCCUACGACUUGGUCAAGCGGAAGAAGUCUAACAUCUCACCCAACUUCAACUUCAUGAGGCAGCUGCUAGACUUUGAGAGAAGUCUGCACCUAGAAGAGAAUCGUUCUGAGGAGCAGGGCAGUGGGGGAACAGAGUCCACUGUCUCAGACCCACUUUCUUACUUUACUACCCCUACCAGCACCAGUGAUGGGGUCUUUGAGCUCGACCUCACAUAAAGCCCUAUGAGGCUGCUGGGCUGGUCCCUACCUGUG